AUGCUUUCCGCUCGCUCGCCCGUCACAUCGCUCGCCGUCGAGACCACCAUCUCCGCCGCCGCUGAGCUUGCUCGCCCUGCUUCUUCGUCCACCAGCAAGCAGCCUACGACCGUCCUGGCUCGUCUCUCCCGCUUCUUCAGCGCUUCGUGCGACGACUCGGUGAUUGCUGGCAACGCUGCCGCCCCCGAGUCGGCUGCUACUGCUGCUCUUGCCGCCGUCUCGACUGCUUCGACUGCCGACCUCGACCGGUGCUCGAGCAACGGCACCGUCUCGGCUUGGAUCCAGUCGUGCAACGAGUUCGGCGUCAAGAUCCUGACUGCUAUGUCGGAGUGCGACGAAGACUGCACCUGCGACCACCCCAACUCGUCCCCCGCUUCCAGUUACGCCUCGUCGCCCUCUUCGACCACUUCUUCCCGCACCUCCGACUCCGACAUCGCCUCCCGCGCGUCGUACACGUCGACGCCGCUCUCGACCAGGUCGACCCGCUCAAGUCGCUCGACCCGAUCCCGCAGGUCGCAAGCUCUCGACGACUGCUCCGACUCGAGCGAGAGCAAGACCUCGUUCUGGGGUGAGGUCUACAGCGAGUUGACCUCGCCGGGAUACUUUACCUGCGGUGCCGACUGCCCCUGCAACAGCGAACCCUCGUCGCCGGCUUCCUCGCGCUCGUCGACCAUCUCGUCGGCAGCUUCCUCCCGCAUUUUCGACUCGGCCUCCGCCACCGACUCGCCCGCCUCCGACUCUGACUCCCUCACCUCCUACGAGACGACGCCUACCUCGACUCGGUCAACCCGCUCGAACCGUUCGAGCCAGUCUCAGCGACAGUCGGCGGCGAAGCUCGUCGCGUAUGGCUCGCCCUACGCUGAGCACUUCGACUUGAGGACUAUCGCCGAGGAGAAGGACCACGAGCGUCGUUGCCGCGAGCGCAAGUCCCGCAAGCCUCGCGGCGACGACAACUUCGGCCAGGAGCUGUACCCGCGCAUGCCUGUGUCGGAGAUGUACUCGCUCAAGUUCGAGCUCCGUCGUCAGCAGCUCCAGCCUUACGUCGACGAGUUCGAGAAGCGCAAGGGUCGCCGCAUGCGCGUGAGCGAGGCCAACGAGCUCAAGUACAAGUUGCUCACGCCCGACGUCGCCAAGCAGCCCAAGCAGCUGAGCAAGCGCAUCGCUCAGAUUCGCGACGCCUACGCGCGCGAGAAUCAGCUGCACGAGCAGAUUGGCGGACGACGACUGCGCGCGAGCGAGGUGCCGGCGUUUUACUGCCCUCAGCCGCUCCCUGAGCACGCUCAUUACGGCAUGCUGGCGGUGGAAGUCGACUACAAAUUCUAG